AUGGCGAUAUCCCCAUCAACUCGCAUCCUGGCCGCCCGGCCUCUCGUUCUUGGUCUUGCCAAGCUGUUGACUCUCGCCUUCGUGAACUUGCCCGUCAUCUCCGCCGCUCCCACCUAUGUCAUCCAUUCUGAAGUCGACCCGAAACCCCCAAGCGAUCCCAGUCUAUGGCUCUACCUCGGAGUCGCCGCUGCUCUGGUCUUGAGUGGCGGUGCAUUUGCUGGACUGACGAUAGCUUUGAUGGGCCAGGAUGAGGUCUAUCUACAAGUUAUCCAAACCUCGGGAGAGGCAGGCGAACGCAAAAAUGCAGCAAGCGUCUUGAGAUUAUUGCAGCGGGGAAAACACUGGGUGCUGGUGACCCUCCUUCUCAGCAACGUGAUCACCAAUGAAACUCUUCCAAUCGUGCUCGAUCGGUCACUGGGAGGUGGCUGGCCGGCAGUGCUCGGCAGCACAGUCCUAAUUGUGAUCUUUGGUGAAAUUGUGCCUCAAUCCAUUUGCGUCCGGUAUGGAUUGCCUAUCGGCGCAUGGAUGGCCCCCUGCGUCUUGGCGCUUAUGUACAUCAUGUCCCCCGUGGCCUACCCCGUCGCCAAAUUGCUCGACAAGCUACUUGGAGAGGACCACGGAACCAUUUACAAGAAAGCGGGUCUCAAAACCCUGGUCACCCUGCAUAAGACCCUGGGUGAAGCUGGUGAGCAGCUCAACUCGGAUGAGGUGACAAUCAUCAGCGCUGUCUUGGACCUCAAGGACAAGUCCGUGGGCAGUAUCAUGACUCCCAUGGAAGAUGUCUUUACCAUGUCCGCGGAUACCAUUCUCGACGAGGAAACAAUGGAUCUUAUUCUGUCCCAGGGAUAUUCCCGUAUUCCUAUCCAUGCACCGGACAAUGCCAACAACUUUGUCGGCAUGCUAUUGGUCAAAAUGCUCAUUACUUACGAUCCAGAGGACUGCAAGCGGGUCCGGGAUUUUGCUCUAGCUACUCUCCCCGAAACGCGCCCGGAGACAAGCUGUUUGGACAUCGUCAAUUUCUUUCAGGAGGGCAAGUCCCACAUGGUCCUUGUGUCGGAAUAUCCGGGCGAAGAUCGUGGGGCCCUAGGAGUGGUCACUCUGGAAGAUGUGAUUGAGGAAUUAAUCGGAGAGGAGAUCAUUGAUGAAUCCGAUGUCUUCGUUGAUGUCCACAAAGCGAUUCGUCGUAUGGCCCCAGCUCCCAAGUCUCGAGUCCCCAAAGGCCGGAUUGUGGAGGACCCGCCGAUGCUGCCUGCGGAAUCCACUGGCCCUCUCAUCGACAUUGAAGGAGAGUCCACUGCGGCCCCUACGCCUAAUGGUGUCUAUAAGGAGAAUCGUCGAAGCUCCGUAGAAGCCCCGUUGCCUCGUUUCCAGUUUCGUCGUCCCCAUUCAGACAAGAACUCUGACUCCACCGAUGGCGUGGUGACUCAACGAGGCGCGACGGACGAAAUCCGGGAGCACUUGAAACAUCUCGGUCCUUCGAAUCUUGCCAGUCGGCCUCGCCAGACUAGAUACCAGAGUGUCAAGAUUAAGCGGAGUGCCUCGCCGUCACGCUCUGGCCAUACCGAUCUAGAGUCCAGCCAGAGCUUGGACGGUAUGGUCCGGAGCACUGGCGCAGGCUUGCAGGGUGGCAUCGGAGCCGGACUUGUACAAAGUGGCAUGGAUGCACGAGACGGUGUAUACGCUGUACGGGCAGGCUACGGCACGUUAGGCCACGGUCGCUCCCUUUCCGAUACCGCUCGCAUGACCGACGGGCCGGCGCUUUCCAUACCGGAACCAGUUCAUGAAGAACAGGAAAACACUACUCGCCCCAGCACCCGUAGACAGCAAAGCAGCAGCGCUGCGCAUAGUUUCCAGUCUACCGACUCCGAACUCUCCGAUCGUCUCCGGCCCGGCAGCUACCGACAUAAGGGUCCCGCACGCAGUGGUAGUAUCACGGAGCAAGUGGUCGAUGUCAAUGGCAUCCGCAAAGUAGUCCUUCAUACUACUAGCACCAGCACCAGCAUCUCCGAUUCCGAUACACCUAAUGCUGGCGCUCAGCCCCAGUCCUUUGUUCGCCAGGAGGAAGAGACAGUCAAUGUGGACAAUGGCGAUGGUAGCGGGUCGAAGAAGAAACGUCGUCGUAAGCGGCGUGGGCACGGCUCCAAAAGUGGUGAUCUGCAGGCGGAAGAUGCACCCCUACUUUCGCAGCCAUGA